AUGUAUUUUGUAAGUCCAAAAGAUAUUGAAAGAUAUUGGUUGAGAACUUUACUACUUUAUGUACGUGGUGCUAAAUCAUUUGAAGAUGUAAGAACGUAUGAAGGUAUAAGAUAUAAUUCUUUUACGGAAGCAGCUCGUGCCAGAAAUUUAAUGGUUGAUGAUAAUGAAUGGGAUAAUUGUUUAACUGAAGCUGUAAACUUGAAAUUUCCUAAAGAACUUUGUAGAUUAUUUGCAUACAUAUGUGUAUUUGGAUUGCCUGCGAAUGCUAUUGAUUUAUGGAAUAAAUAUAAAGAUGAUAUGAUUUUUGAUAAUAAUUUACCAGCGGAGGUAUCAAUUCAAAAGUCGUUAAUUUUAAUUAAUGAAGUACUUAAUUUUCAUGGAUUUUCAUUACAUCAAUUUGGUUUGCCUAAUAUAGAUCAGAAACUUCUUGAACAAUAUAAUUCUGUAGAUACGGAAAAUAAUGCAUUAGCAUUAAAAUUGCUUAAAGAAGAAUCUAAUAUUCUUAUUGAAAGUUUAAAUAACGAACAGCGUCAAGUUUUUGAUGAUGUUUUGAUGGCAGUAUAUGAUGAUAAUUGUGAAAAUAGAUAUAUUUAUCUUGACGGACCGGGAGGUAGUGGUAAAAGUUAUUUACAUAAUACAAUUAUUACAACUGUUGAAAGUCAGGGAUUGAUAGUUUUAUCAGUUGCAUGGACUGGUAUAGCUGCUAACCUUUUAAAAGGUGGUCGAACGUCACAUAAUAUGUUUAAAUUUCCUAUACCAAUUAAUGAAGAUUCAAAAUGUAAUAUUAGUGGAAUGUCAAAACAUGCAGAAAUUUUUAGAAAAGCCAAAAUUAUUAUUUGGGAUGAAAUAACAAUGGCACCUAAGUAUGCAUUACAAGCAAUGGAAUGUAUGUUGAGAGAUAUAACAAAAUGUAGUAAACCUUUUGGAGGUAAAGUUAUUUUGCUUUCAGGAGAUUUUCGACAAACUUUACCUAUUGUUCCUCACGGUAAUCGUACUCACAUUGUUGAGGUGUGUGUGAAAAAUAGUAGAUUAUGGCAACAUUUUGAGAGUAGAUCUUUACAUGCUAAUGUCAGAUUGAAUAAUGAUCAGAUCGAGUUUUCAAAUUGGUUAUUAAAUGUCGGUGAUGGUAAACCUACAAGUUCAUUUGAGAAAGAAAAUAAUGUUUUAGAAAUUCCAAAAGAUUUAAUUUCAAAUGGGAAUUUAAUUGAUGAAAUAUAUGGGUCUUCGAUAAGUCCAAAUGAUUCAUCUGUUUACUCCUCUUGUAUUCUUUCAUUAACUAAUGCUGAAGUAUUGGACAUGAAUGAAUGCAUUUUGUCAAGAUUAGAAGCAGAAGAAGUAGUUUAUUAUAGUAAUGAUUCACAUGUUGAUGAUGAUAAUCCAGAAAAUCUAAAUAAUCUCAUUCCAAUAGAAUUUUUAAAUAGUUUAACACCAGAUGGUUUACCUCCUCAUAAAUUGCCGUUGAAAGUAGGAUGCAUAAUUAUGUUGUUGAGAAAUUUGAAUUUGGCUCAGGGAUUAUGUAAUGGUACUCGAUUAGUUGUAAAAUCUUUAUUGCAGAAUGUAAUUUUGGCAGAAAUUAUUUCUGGAAAAUCUGACGGUGAAGUAGUUUUUAUUCCUCGCAUUGAUUUAUCGCCUUCACAAGACGCACCUCCUUUCAAAAUGGUCAGAAGACAAUUUCCAAUUAGACUUGCCUAUGCAAUGACUAUUAAUAAAUCUCAGGGCCAAUUAUUUGAUAAAGUAGGAAUAUAUUUACCAAUUUCAGCAUUUGGUCAUGGUCAAGUUUAUGUUGGUGGUUCUCGAGUUAAAUCUAAGGAAAAUUUAAAAAUUCUAGCGGUUAGUUCUGCAGUAUACAAAAAUUUAGAAUAUCCAGAAAAAUUGUAUGUCAAAAAUAUCGUUUAUCAUGAAAUACUUUGA